AUGUCUAAUCCAUAUAAAUUUGAAGACAAUUCAGUUGCAAAAGAAGUGGGAGACUACAUUAUAUACAAAAAGCCCCUUGGAAAGGGAAAAUGUGGAGAGGUCUUUUUGGGGAAAUCCAAGAAAUUGAAUAUCAAAGUAGCUGUAAAGCAAUCUAAACACAAUGGGAUUUAGAAUGAGGAACGACUGAAGGAGAUAAUGAAUAGUAGGGAAAUUUAAGUGAUGCAAAAAGUAAAGUCAGAGAAUUUAGUUGGAUUCUACGACUUUAAAGUGUCCUCAAAUUACAUUUAUUUAUUUAUUGAAUAUUGUGAUGGAGGAACUUUGACUGAAUUUAUCAAAAAAAAUCCCAACAUUUCUGAUGAAUAAAUUGUUGAUAUCUUUAAACAAAUUGCUAAUGGUUUUUAAGCUUUGGUUAAAGAGAAUGUGAUACACAGAGAUUUAAAACCAGAUAAUAUCUUGUUGCAUUAGAAUGUGAUAAAAAUAGCAGAUUUUGGGUUUGCUCGAUUCAUUGAGGGAAAUCCAGAACAAGCAGGAUUAUAUACAUUAAAAGGUACACCCUUAUAUGUACCUCCUUAAAUAUUUGAUGAUAAAAAGUAUUCGAACUAAUUUGAUAUUUGGUCAUUUGGAUGUAUUUUAUAUGAAUUGGCAUUUGGAAAGAAUAUUCAUGAAUCAAUCUUUGAUUUGGGUCAACUCAAAAUAAGGUUAGGGUCCUUUAAGAAUUAAAAAGUGCAAUUUCCUAGAAAUAAUCGAAACCCUAAAAUUCUAUAAAUGAUCAGCAGAAUGCUGGAAUAUUCUGAAGAGAAUAGAAUUACAUGGCCUUAGAUUUUUGAAAGUGACAUGUUUUUGUAAUCACCAAAACAGUUUUUGGAGAUUCAACAUGAGAUUUAGAUUAAGGAUAAUAAUAAAUAUCAAGAGAAGUUAUAAAACUUAUAGAUUUUUACUAAAUUAUCUGAAUAAUUUGAAAAAAUAAAUUGUGAUCAUUUUUUUUUAUUAAAAUGGAAAUGCAUUUUGUUUUACUUUUGGAAAUUCUCCUUGGAAAACUUUCGUUAAAAAAUCAAUGAACAGAAUACCCAAAGUUUUUAAAUUAAUUAAAGGAAUGGUAAGAUUACAUCUAACAAAGGUUGCCCAACUUUAACCGAUUUAAUAGCUUAAUACAUUGAUGAUUUAAAAGUUGAAGUUUAAAAAUAAUUGCAGUUGUAUUGUACAAUCACUAAGCAAUGGAUCGAAAAACCAAAGAAUUUAUCAAGCAAGACUAGCAAUUUUGAGGAACUCAGUUUAAUGAGCAAUAUAGAGAAAUGCGAUAAUAAGCAAUUAUUAUUUUUUGUAGAAAAGUACGGGUUGGGUACAUUCACAGAUGAAAUCGAUCUCAAUAUAAAGUAAAUGAUAAAAAUCAUUAAAGAUGAGCUAGCUUGA